CUUUGUAAUUGUUUAACAAUGAUUGAGAAUGAGUAUGGAAUUGUACCACCACAAAUGUUAUUUCAUAGAGCCAAUAAUAAUAAUGAUGGAAUCUUUAUUGAACAACGACAUAGACGACAAAAUAAACGACAGAAACAAUAUGCAUAUAUUAAUUCAAAAUCUCGAAUUUUUUAUGCAUUACUAGUACUUGGACCGGGUUCAAUCUAUAUACCAGCGAUGAAUGAUGAUUUUCGUACAACAUUAUUUCUUAUGCAUUUAGCCAUACCAACAAGUCCAUCAUUUUGGCCAUAUAGUCGUCCAUUUGAACGAAUUUUAGGACUUAUACGUUCAUCGGGAAUGUUACAACAUUGGAUCUUCAAGGAAAUAACAUUGGCCAAUUUAUUGAAUCGUACGGUGGAAAAAUUUCGUUAUAUGCAAACAAACGAAAUGGAUGAUUUGAAUAUUGAAAAUUUAGCCAAUAUAUUUUACGUGUUUUUAACCGGAAAUCUAUUAUCGAUGGUGAUAUUUAUUGGUGAAAUUUUCAUCAAUCGAAUAAAUGGCCAUAAAAAAUAAUAAUGAAUAAAAAUGUCGUUCGAUUCGAUCAAAGUGUUUAAUCGAUUCCAUUCGAUUAA